AUGGGCUGUAUCCUCUCUCACAUUCGUAUCGCCUAUUUUAGCAUUCGUAUCCUAGUAGGCAUUAUGGAGGAAGCAAGGGCCGAUCUCAAUGCAGCUCGCAACCGAAUUUUGCGCCCAUCACUGCCUAUCCCUAACCCUAGUGCUUCCUUCUGGCAGCAAAACCCUGUUUUGCCAGAAUUAGUGAACAUCCAGUCCAAAUCACUGCCUGAAAUGGCAGAUAUUGUCAUUAUUGGCUCUGGGAUUUCUGGGGCCAGCGUUGCUCACACCAUUCUUACAUCACUUCGCUCAGAGAAAAGCCUUAGGGUGGUCGUGCUUGAAGCUAGGGAAAUUUGCAGCGGCGCAACGGGGAGGAAUGGGGGCCAUAUCAAGUGUGCCCCAUAUGCUGUAUACGCGGGGUUUAAAGCGAGGUUCGGCUCUGAGAGAGCGAAGAAGCUCCUCGCGUUCCAGCGAAAGGCCCUUCCGCUGCUUGUUGACUUUGCUCAGAGGAUGAAAUUUACACAUGCGGAGGUCCGAGAAGUAGAAACUAUCGACAUAUUUACCGAUGAGACAAUGUGGAAGAAAGCGAAGAGCAUGGUACACUUAUUGCGACAGGAUUUGCCUGAUGUCGCCGAAAGCGUGGAGAUCCAUGAAGCGGAAGCUGGAUGCAAGAAGUUCGGAGUUAGUGGAGAACACUGCUUUGGUAUUAUAUCGUACCAAGCAGGGGCUCUUUGGCCGUACCGAUUUGUCACUUCACUUUAUGCAACUCUCUUGUCCACGUUUGCGUCAACAUUUUCUGUCGAAACCAAUACGCCUGUCACGGAAGUCAGGACUCAAAACGAUAAGGAAAAGCCCUUUCUCGUCUGCACUUCCAGGGGAGAAAUUGCAGCCAGACACGUUGUACAUGCCACAGAUGCAUUUGCCCCGGUCUUGGUUCCUGGUAUCAGGGGGAAACUGUUUCCUAUCCGAGGACAUAUGACAGCCCAAAGACCGGGUAAUAGGUUCCCGGACUGUGAUGGCUCACGGUCGUGGUCUAUUGUGGGCCGGAGAGGGUAUGAAUACAUUUCGCAGCGCCCGGGAAAGCCGCACUCGGAAGUUCAUAGACUGGGGAGAGAGCUCAUGGUGGGUGGCGGCGCGAUCCAAUCCCCUGGAAGGGGCAUUGAUGAAUGUGGAGUCUGGCGCGAUGAUCAGCUUUGCAGCACCAUUGGCGCGUACUUGGAUGGCAUAUUACCCGCUACAUUCGGAAAAGACAACUGGGGUGAUGACGUCGACGGCUCUCGCAUCAAACAAGCUUGGGUUGGCUGCAUGGGAUUCACGGCAGACGCCCUACCGUAUGUCGGGAAGCUGGAGACCGAAUUAACGAGGCGAAACGUCGACAGAUUUGGUCAGAGAUCUGAUAGCAAUUGUGGUGGUGAGGGAUAUGAAGGGAUCCAGAGGCUGCCUCCUGCCGAAUGGAUAUGCGCUGGAUUCGGUGGAGAAGGGAUGGUGCUAGCCUGGCUGUCAGGCGCUGCAGUAGCGGUGAUGAUGCUAGGCCUCGAAGAUGAACAUAUCCAAGGUUCUCCAGUUCUGCCAGAGGGCAAAUUGAUGGACUGGCUGCCCGAGGAGUUCAUUUGCUCGAAAUCUCGAGUUGAUAGGUCUGAUGCCGCCGGUCUUCUUGAACUACUGUAG